AUGAAGAGGCCUGACUGGAGUGGAGAGAACGGAGCCAGCGGGGAGAGGAGCGAGGUGGCGGGGCUGGAGCUCGGGGCGAGGGCCCCGGAGCAGGGAGCACUGCCCAGGCCGAGCUCUCGGGCAGAGGUGGCUGAGGACAUGGGGUUCUCAAUAAACCGGAGUUCGCGGCUCCCUGUGGAGCUCCUUUUCCCCGGGGGCGGUGCAGCCUUAGGACCCCGCUUCCAGUGCCGCCUGCAGCCCCCGGGGACGCCCAGCUCCCUGCACUGUCUGAGGGCUGCACCGGUGUGUGUGUGUUUUCAGAGAGGUCCACCGGGCGAGCCGGGCCCCCCAGGACCCCCGGGGCCGCCUGGAGUGCCUGGAUCCGACGGCAUCGACGGUGACAAGGGGCCCCCUGGGAAAGCUGGCCCUCCGGGACCCAAGGGAGAGCCUGGCAAAGCUGGACCAGAUGGGCCAGAUGGGAAGCCUGGGAUUGACGGUUUAACUGGAGCCAAGGGAGAGCCUGGCCCCAUGGGGACCCCUGGAGUCAAGGGCCAGCCUGGGCUCCCAGGUCCCCCUGGUCUGCCGGGCCCUGGUUUCUCUGGACCUCCUGGACCACCUGGACCUGUUGGCCUCCCUGGAGAGAUUGGAAUCCCAGGCCCCAAGGGGGAUCCUGGACCAGAGGGACCAUCAGGGCUCCCAGGACCCCCUGGGAAACCUGGUCGCCCAGGAACCAUUCAGGGCCUGGAAGGCAGUGCGGAUUUCCUGUGUCCAACCAACUGUCCAGCGGGUGUGAAAGGCCCCCCAGGGCUGCAGGGAGUGAAGGGGCAUCCGGGCAAACGCGGGGUCCUGGGUGAUCCUGGCCACCAGGGGAAGCCGGGUCCCAAGGGAGAUGUGGGUGCCUCUGGAGAGCAAGGCAUCCCCGGACCACCGGGUCCCCAGGGCAUCAGGGGCUACCCAGGCAUGGCAGGACCCAAAGGAGAGAUGGGUCCUCAUGGAUAUAAAGGCAUGGUGGGCUCCAUUGGUGCCACUGGGCCACCGGGUGAGGAAGGUCCGAGGGGGCCACCAGGCCGAGCUGGGGAGAAGGGCGACAUGGGCAGCCAAGGUGUUCCAGGACCCCAGGGGAUAACAGGCCCUAAGGGAGCAACCGGCCCCCCAGGCAUCGACGGCAAGGACGGGACCCCAGGCAUACCUGGCACAAAGGGCACUGCAGGACAGGCGGGGCGGCCAGGAAACCAAGGCCACCAGGGCCUAGCAGGUGUGCCGGGCCAGCCUGGGACAAAAGGAGGCCCUGGAGACAAGGGUGAGCCGGGCCAGCAAGGCCUCCCUGGAUUCUCUGGUCCCCCCGGGAAGGAGGGAGAGCCAGGACCUCGAGGAGAAAUUGGUCCCCAGGGCAUCAUGGGGCAGAAGGGUGACCAGGGCGAGAGGGGGCCAGUGGGGCAGCCAGGCCCUCAAGGACGACAGGGCCCCAAGGGGGUGCAGGGGCCUCCCGGAAUUCCAGGGCCCCAAGGUUUGCCAGGCAUCAAGGGAGAUAAGGGCACCCCAGGGAAGGCCGGGCCCCGCGGCGGAGUGGGCGACCCGGGCGUGGCCGGUCUCCCCGGAGAGAAAGGCGAGAAGGGCGAGUCUGGCGAGCCGGGGCCCAAGGGAGAGCCAGGAGUCCGCGGAGAAGCCGGCUACCCGGGCCCCAGCGGGGAUGCAGGCGCCCCGGGGGUGCAGGGCUACCCCGGGCUCCCGGGCCCUCGAGGACUGGCCGGAGGUCGAGGCGUGCCGGGACAGCCUGGGAGACAGGGCGUGGCGGGCCGAGAUGCCAGUGACCAGCACAUCGUAGACGUGGUACUUAAGAUGCUGCAAGAGCAACUGGCAGAGGUAGCUGUGAGUGCUAAGCGGGAAGCCCUGGGUGCAGCCGGGAUGAUGGGCCCCCCAGGGCCCCCGGGCCCCCCUGGGUAUCCAGGCAAGCAGGGACCCCAUGGGCACCCUGGUCCUCGGGGCAUUCCUGGCAUCGUCGGAGCCGUGGGUCAAAUUGGCAACACAGGACCCAAGGGGAAACGUGGAGAGAAGGGUGAUCAAGGAGAAGUGGGACGUGGGCCCCCCGGGAUGCCUGGACCUCCAGGAAUCCCAGGACUCCGUGGCCGGCCUGGCCAGGCUAUCAAUGGCAAGGAUGGAGAUCGAGGGUCCCCAGGGGCGCCAGGAGAGGCAGGCCGACCUGGCCUGCCAGGCCCCGUGGGGCUGCCAGGCUUCUGUGAGCCUGCAGCCUGCCUUGGAGCUUCAGCCUAUACCUCUGCACGCCUUACUGAGCCAGGAUCCAUCAAGGGGCCAUGAGCAUCAGGCCAGGACAGAGCCCGUUGGGCAUCCUGGGGGAGGAGUAGGUCCCUUCUGGGUGGACAUACAUAUCAUCCCCCAGCCCAGAAAACUAGCUUUUCCAGGACCUUCUGUCUAGGACCAGGAGUCCUGAGGAAAAGAAAUUCUAAAACAUGAGGGAAAGGGAGCAAGGGCAUUGGAGUGAAAAGGUGAGGCCAACAGGCAAGGCAAGUGUCACUGGACAGUCGAAGUUCCAAAGCUCAAAGGGAAUAGGAUGACUUUCCUUCCUGGAGUGGCAUUCGGAUGUUACCAAAACAAAUGUCUCCUUAAUGCGCACCAUUCUCCACUGGCCAUCUUGUCCUUGGGGCAGCUGGACUGAGGUCUCUGCUGGUUCCUGGUCCCAUUCUCGCUCUCUGGAUUUUCUGGGUGACUGCUGAUGGGUGACCACCCAAAGGUGGCCAUCCUUAAGCCAGUCCCACUACGUUCUUCCGCCUCCCAUCUGAGUAUUUAAACACCCAUCUCCCUUCUCUCUCUGGCAUUACUCUUUCCCGCCCUCUGCCCCCUUUCUCCUCAGAUCCACCAAGGCCCUUCUGUAAAUAAAAGCCCCCAACUUGGGUUCAAACUAGGA